AUGACAGAAAGUGCUGUAGAUAUAGGAAUUCUAGAAGAAAAGAGUAAUUGGCUCCUACACCCAAGAUUUUUCCCUAGUAAAGUAGGAGGGAAACCGGCAUGGUUGGAUCUUAAAAAUAUAUGUAAUACUGCGGAGUUAACCUGUAAGAUAUGUAAUGAUCCAUUAGUUUUUCUAUGUCAAGUAUAUGCACCAUAUGAGGAAAAGGAUGAUUGUUUUCAUCGAACGAUAUUCGUCUUUAUUUGUAGGAAUGGAACAUGUUGUCGAACAAAUUGUGCAGACAAUUUAAAAGUCUUACGAUGUCAGUUGCGACGCAAUAAUGAGUUCUAUUCAUAUGAACCAUACGAAGAAAAAGAAAAUGAGAAUUUUUCGAUGGAAAGAUGGCCUAAAUUGUGCCAUGUCUGUGGUUUAAAGGGACCUUCACAUUGUGCCAAAUGCAAAAAAUCUUUUUACUGCAGUCGUAAACAUCAAAUAUUAGAUUGGCAAAAAGGACACAAAGAAAGUUGUUCAAACUUGGUACAACAGGACGCUGAAUCUAAUAUUCUGCCUAACUUUAUUGUAACAGAAUCAGGGAAAUCAAUAUUAUUUAAAGAAUGGGAGCUUGUUGUGGAUGUAGAAGAUGAGGAGGAUAACACCUGUGUAGAUGAAAAACAAGAGAUGGAGAAACUAAGGAAGAUGAUGAUUGAAAAAAAGGCUGGCACUUUAAGUGAUAUCAGUGAAAAUGAGUUAGAACAAUAUGCGAAAAACAUGCCACAAGAUAAAGUUUUCAAUAAAUUUAGCAAAAGGAUUUCAAGGCACCCUGAACAAGUUUUAAGAUAUGAUAGAGGUGGGACACCUUUGUGGAUUACUGGCAAUACAGAAAAUCAUUUAAUUUACAUUCCGAACUGCCAAUACUGUAAUGGAGAUAGACAAUUUGAAUUUCAGGUUAUGCCACAACUUCUUAAUUUUAUCAAUAUUGGUAUUGAUAUUAAUAGCAUUGAUUGGGGGAUUCUUGCUAUAUAUACUUGUAAAAACAGUUGUAAUAAUGGCCCUGCAUAUAAAGAAGAAUAUGUAGUCAAACAAGAUUUAUGUAAUUGA